AUGCGUUUCUUGAGCUCAUUGUCUGUGGGUGUUGCUCUAGUCGGCGCUGUCGCUGGCUUGGUGACACCAUACAACAAUACUUCUACAGGACUUGGAGACUUCCCAUCACUCAUCAAUGUUACCACCGAAGACUUGGCAACUGGCUUGGAGGCUGGUCGCUUCACCAGCGUGGAUCUGGUCAAGGCGUAUUCUGCCAGGAUCAUGGAGGUCAACAGCACUCUACGUAUGGUUACCGAGAUCAACCCUGAUGCUCUGGCCAUCGCUGCCGAAUUGGAUGCUAUGCGGGCAAAUGGUACUAUUCUUGGACCACUCCAUGGGUUGCCGAUUCUUAUCAAGAACAAUAUCGCUACCGCUGAUCAGAUGAACAAUACCGCUGGAUCUUUCGCUCUGCUUGGUGCAAAAGUUCCUCACGAUUCUACGUUGGCUGCAAAGCUGAGAAAGGCUGGUGCCAUCAUUCUCGGCAAGACCAAUCUGUCUCAGUGGGCCAAUUACCGUUCAAACAACAGCACAAAUGACGUCAACAACCUUGUCGGAAUCAAGCCUACGGUCGGUCUCACCAGCAGGUACCUCGUCAUCCCUAUCUCUGAGCAUCAGGAUACUGUUGGCCCCAUGGCAAGAUCAGUCAAAGACGCAGCCUACCUUCUCCAAGCAAUUGCCGGCGUCGAUCCCAACGACAACUACACCUCGGCCAUCCCCAACAACGGCAGCAUCCCGGACUAUGUGGGCGCCUGCGAUUACUCCGCUCUAGCAGGCAAGCGUAUCGGUGUAGCAUGGAACGUCAUCGACAUCUACGGCCCCAUUGACGAACCAGUCAUGACCGCCUUCCAGGAGUCCAUCGCCAUCAUCAAGCGAGCAGGCGCCACCAUUGUCGACGCAAACUUUACCGCCUUUUCCGACUACGUCAAAGACAACAACGAGACUCUAGUCCUCAACGUCGACUUCCUGACAAACCUACACACCUAUCUCGCAGAACUCAGCUAUAACCCCAACAAUGUUACCGAUCUGGCAGAGGUCAGAAACUUUACUCAUGCGUUUGCGCAAGAAGAUUGGCCGGACCGUGAUACAGCGGUCUGGGACGAUGCGCUGUUCAACCAAGGCUGGAAUAACAGUGAUGCUCGCUUUUGGGCUGCUUACCAAGCAAACCUUUAUUAUGGAGGUGAAGGCGGGAUCCUAGGUGCUCUAUCGCGCAACAAUGUUUCUGCUGUGCUGUUGCCCACCCAACUCUCUCCUGGCAUCCCUGCUUUGGUGGGGAGUCCUGUCGUCACAGUCCCCAUGGGUUUCUAUCCCGCAGACUGGAAUGUCACGUACAACGCCAGAAAGACACUGGUGGAGACUGGCCCGAAAGUCCCUUUUGGAUUGUCAUUUAUGGGCAACAAGUUUAGUGAGGCAGAGUUGAUUGGGUUGGCGUAUGCGUAUGAGCAGAGGACGAUGCACAGGGAUGAUGUGCAGCCGUAUAUCAUUCCCAACAUUGAGUUGGCUGAUUUUGUAAAGUAG